AUGGCCCAAACGAGAUCGCAUGCACAUAGACCUCCCCGAGGGGAAGCUUCCGACACUGACAUAGAGAUGUCGAAUGAAGGCGAUGUCCCUGAUACAGAUAUUGAUGUCAGUUCGGAUGGGCAACAUUCAUCUUUGGCCCCUGGUGAGGACAAUACAAACGCCGGUUCAACCAAAUCCUUAUCCGAGCAUGCUUUCCAGGUAGUGGAAGAAAAUGGCCGUCAAUAUUGUGACAAUACAUAUUUUAUGCCCAACGACGAACGGGAACAGACUCGUUUGAACAUUGUCCAUCAAAUGUACCUCAUUAUCCUGGAAGGCCGAUUAACAAAGUGUGCUCUCCCGCAAUCGAUAAGAAGAGUCCUCGAUGUUGGCUCUGGGCCUGGUGAUUGGGCUCUUGCUAUGGGGGAAGAGUUCCCAAACACCGAGAUAAUAGCAACUGAUAUUAGCCUCUUUGACCCUGAAUCAGUUGGCAUCUGCCCACCAAAUGUAUCCUUCCAGAUAGACGAUGCUCAGGGAGAAUGGACAUUUCGUGAGCCUUUUGAUUUCAUCCACGUUCGAGGGUUGGGGGGCGGGAUCUGUGAUUGGUCCCUGUUUUACCAGCAAGCUUAUCAACACCUUGUCCCUGGAGGGCUCAUCCAAAUAGCUGACUCUGCUCUCUUUGCGGACGAUAUGAGCCUACCAAAUUCUCCUCCAAAUUCGUACCUCAGCAUUUAUCUGGGGGCAAUCAGCUCUGCUGCAGAAAUUGCAGGAUAUCCCCGAAGUUUUGAUCACCUUCGUUCUGCUGCUUUAGAGGCAGCUGGAUUUACUGAUAUCCGCAUAUAUGACACCCAUAUCCCUGUAGGAACCUGGCCUGAGGAUCCACUGGGAAAAACCCUUGGAAAGAUGACGUUGAUCGUACUGUUUGAAGGCCUCGAGGCUACCAGUAUGCGUCUAUUAACGAAAUAUCUUGGAUGGAGUGCAGAAGAUGUUAUAGAUCUUUGUGAGAAAGUGCAGUUAGAAGUUUUGAACAGCCAAGGUAUGGGAGGAGUGGUGAAGAUAGUUGUGGCAAGAAAACCAAGAUAG